AUGAUGGGGCGCAUGGCUGCCGAACGAAACGCCAUCCUCUACGCCACCGAUGACCGCUACUGCGUUGACAACGGAGCCAUGAUCGCGCAUGCUGGUUGGGAGAUGUUUCGUGUGGGCUGCACCACUCCCUUCGACGAAUCCACGGUCACUCAGCGUUUUCGUACGGACGAAGUGGACGUCAAGUGGAGGACUGAUUGA